GCUCCUUGGUCGCGGCCACUCCAGGCUGCCUCGCUGCGCGCUGGCGGUGGGCGUGGCGCAGACGGCGGCUAGGAGCAGACGCCGGAGGUGUCUCCGGGUUUGGGGUUGUUCGGCCCGGGGCGGGGCAGGCGGGCCCGGGCGACGGCCUGAACUGCGGAAGUCGUGGAGGCGUCAGCGGCGCGUCGCGCGAUGGCGCGGGCGGGACAGUGCUUGUGAAACUGAACACCACAAAAGUAUGGAUAUGGGAAACCAACAUCCUUCUAUUAGUAGGCUUCAGGAAAUCCAAAAGGAAGUAAAAAGUAUAGAACAGCAAGUUGUCGGCUUCAGUGGUCUGUCAGAUGACAAGAAUUACAAGAAACUGGAGAGGAUUCUCACAAAACAACUUUUUGAAAUAGACUCUGUAGAUACUGAAGGAAAAGGAGAUAUUCAGCAAGCCAGGAAGAGGGCAGCACAGGAGACAGAACGCCUUCUCAAAGAGUUGGAGCAGAAUGCAAACCACCCACACAGGAUUGAAAUACAGAACAUUUUUGAGGAAGCCCAGUCCCUCGUGAGAGAGAAAAUUGUGCCAUUUUAUAAUGGAGGCAACUGCAUAACGGAUGAGUUUGAAGAAGGCAUCCAGGACAUCAUUCUGAGGCUGACACACGUUAAAACUGGAGGAAAGAUCUCCUUGCGGAAAGCAAGGUAUCACACCUUAACCAAAAUCUGUGCGGUGCAAGAGAUUAUCGAAGACUGCAUGAAAAAGCAGCCUUCCCUGCCGCUCUCCGAGGAUGCACACCCUUCUGUUGCCAAAAUCAACUUUGUGAUGUGUGAGGUGAACAAGGCCCGAGGGGUCCUGAUUGCGCUUCUGAUGGGCGUGAACAGCAGCGAGACCUGCAGGCACUUAUCUUGUGUGCUCUCCGGGCUGAUGGCCGACCUGGAUGCUCUGGAUGUGUGCGGCCGGACAGAAAUCAGAAAUUAUCGGAGGGAGGUAGUAGAAGAUAUCAACAAAUUAUUGAAAUACCUGGAUUUAGAAGAGGAAGCAGACACUACUAGAGCGUUUGACCUGAGGCAGAAUCAUUCCAUUUUAAAAAUAGAAAAGGUCCUCAAGAGAAUGAGGGAAAUAAAAAAUGAACUCCUCCAAGCACAGAACCCUCCUGAAUUGUAUCUGAGCUCCAAAACAGAAUUGCAGGGUUUGAUUGGACAGUUGGAUGAGGUAAGUCUUGAAAAAAACCCCUGCAUCCGAGAGGCCAGGAGGAGAGCGGUGAUAGAAGUGCAAACUCUGAUCACCUACAUUGACUUGAAGGAGGCCCUUGAGAAAAGAAAGCUGUUUGCUUGUGAGGAGCACCCAUCCCAUAAAGCCGUCUGGAACGUCCUUGGAAACUUGUCCGAGAUCCAGGGAGAAGUGCUUUCAUUUGAUGGAAAUCGAACCGAUAAGAACUACAUCCGGCUGGAAGAGCUGCUCACCAAGCAGCUGCUAGCCCUGGAUGCUGUCGACCCGCAGGGAGAGGAGAAGUGUAAGGCUGCCAGGAAACAGGCUGUGAAGCUUGCCCAGAAUAUUCUCAGCUAUCUCGACCUGAAAUCCGAUGAAUGGGAGUACUAAAAUACCAGAGAUCUCACUUUUGAUAUUGUUUUGCACUUCAUGUAUACUUCUAUGUAUAGAGAGCUUCUAGUUCAUUGAGCCCAACUGUGAUUUAUACAUGCAUAUUUCAAUCUCAGUAUUUAUGAUUCAAGCAAAUUCUAUUCAGUAUCUGCUGCUUUUGAUGUUGCAAGACAAAUACCAUUACAACACAUUAACUUUUCCAUUCGGAUCGUUAUCUGUAUGAUGUGGUGUGGUUUGUUUGGUUUGUCCGUGUGUGUGUGUUUUUAAUCAGAAAAUGAAAUAGAGGCAGCUUUUGUAAAUUUUAAAUGGGUUGUGCAAGCAUUAAAUGCAGGUAUUUCAGAAUCUAGAAAUAGGCAUAACCUUACAUAAUACUAGGAAGAUUAUGAGAAAGGGGAAAUUUUUGGUUAAAUAGGAGUAAGCAGUACACGUUCUGUUUUAUUGUGCUCGACAGAGAUUUUUUUUCACUUGUAAGGCCUGAUUGGUCCUACUCAGCUUAAUGGGGUGAGGUUUUUUUUGUUCGUUCAGUCCAUUCUUUUGAAAACAUUUUUAGUUGGAAAAACAGCAUCUGUAUUUUCCCCAUACUCUACAUUUUAGAGAGGGGAAUCUUGUUUUUGUGUGUAACAUGAGAAAAUUAUGAAAACUAAUAGCCAAAAAACCUCUGAGAUUGCAUUAAGGAGAAGGGAUAAAGGACCAGCUAUAAAUACCUUGUAAAUUGUUUUUGUAGUAUCUGAACUUAUUGUUUUUCUUAGUAAUUCAUAAGGAUGGGAACAUUUAAAUGAAGUUAAUGGACCUUUAA